AUGGAUUUAAGUUUCUUCCCUUUCCAGCCCAGCGAUGCUCAAUGCCCCUGUGCUCCCGGGUAUCGGAGCCAUCGAGAAGACAGGCGGUGGGAUUGCGUCAAAGAGACCUAUGAUAUUUGUAAGGACGAUGCUGUCCGGAACCAAGAUGGGCGGUGCUUAACUAAGGAGGAGUGGGCUCACUACUGUUCAGACCAGGUUUGUGACAUCCCACAAGACUAUCGAGGUUAUGACAAGGUUCUCAGGCUUUGCCUUUGUCAAGUGAGGAGCCUGGACAACAUGUGUGGUCUCCUGUGCCGACGACGGCAAGGAGGCGUUUUGAAAUUCUUCUGUGGAGACGGCCCGGCCCGACUUUCCAUCGCGUACAAAAAUGGCAGGCAGGUCGAUAUUUUUUGGGAGGAGCUGGCAGCUUCUUUGCAAGGACUCAUCUUCCACGCUCAAAAUCUCUGUGCCUCAGAGACCCAAGACCCCCAGCGGGUCUACGUGGUGAAGACAAAUGGUAAGGACCAAAGAAGAGAAAUGGUCCAUAUUCUCUCUGCUUCAGAUUUCCCCUCUGGUUUCAUCGCCAACUCUUGGCCUCCAAACCUUCAACGCGAACAGCUUUCAAACCCCUUUGGAAAAGACUUUGCUGCCCUAACAGGAAAGAAGACAGGAUGGAUUUCGGCCAAAGGUGGUUUUCGAUUUUCCCAGCCAGAACCUGCCAAUGCUACACCGAAGAGCACGUUAACCGGCAUCCUUAACCCAACGGUCUGCCUCAAAAUGCACGAGAUUCUCAUGUUCGUUGUUUCUAAAGAGCAUUACCCUGUUUACGAUGUCAAUAAUUUAUACAAUACAAACCAAGAUUUUGACUGGGGCUCUUUCCGCAAACUCGCAGAGGAAAUGCAAUUGGCUUCCAGCUCAACCAGCUUUUCCUUCUUCCUACACCAGUUCAACAGUCCCGGCACUUACGUCUUGAGGCUGAGUAGCAAUCAGCACAAAAAAAUGAAGUAUAUCCGAAUGCUACCAUUUGGUGGACAGUGUUACGAAGAAGGACCGUUCUACCCAACAACUCCGGCUCAUGUCGUUCAAGUAGGCAUUGCAAAGAUCGCUGAUCUAGUUCUGAAACCCGAUUGGCCGGCAAUCAUUGGAAUAUUAAUCGCCCUCAUCUUCCUCAUUCUCAUCUAUCUCGUGCUGAUUGUAAGUUCAGACAACGAUGAUGACGACAGUCAACAGAAAUGCAUCCUUGUGCAUCAAUGUUCUUAG